UGAAAAUCUAAGUUUACAAAUAAGUUGCGGCCGACAGUCAAGAAAUUUCGUAUUUUGUUUAAAAAUAACAAAUUUGAUAUUCAGUUGUUCAAUAAAAAAAUAGAAAUAUAAACAAGAAUGCCUCCAAAAAGAAAAAAGAAGACUCGUAAAGCAAAAAAUAUGACGGAUGAAGAAAGAGCAAUUUUACUCGAGCGAAAAAGAGUUGCUGAAGAAGAAUUGAAAAAAAAGAAGAUGAUACUGUUAUCUCAACAUUUACAAGAUAAACUUAGUCAUGAGGAAGUGUUUACCAAACAUAAUCAAACAAAACUGACACAUUACUGGCGAACUAUUAUGAGGCAAACGAAGUCAAAGGAAUUGAAAAGAACUAUAGAAAUAUUAUCACAAACAUUUGAAAGAAUUAUGGACCGAAAAGAAAGUAUCACCAAAACCCUCGUUGCUAAUCUUAGUGAAGCAGAUGAGCAGCAUCUGAUGGCUAUGCGUUCUCAUUUAGAAAAUGUAGAUAUUCUGAUAGAUUUGCAGAACCAACGAUUACAAAAGUUGAGAACUGACUAUGAAAAGGAACUACAAUCUUUGGUUGACGAAUUCUUAAAAGAAGAGAAAUUUAUCAGACAACAACAUGGGAAACAAGUAGAUGAUCUAAAGACUAUAUUUGUUGCUCUGGAUUCUACAUAUACGGCGAAAGUGAAUAAAGCUGUAAUGGAUCACAAUAAUUUAAAAGAUGAUCUGAAGAAUCAAAGUUUAGAAGACAAACAUGCAUUGCGAAUGAAUUUGAACAAUAAAGUUGAAAGUUUAGCAUCGGAAUUGAAACAAGCUGCAGAACAAUACAACACAGCAAUUAGCGAAAAAAUGAAAUUUUUCGAAAAUUUAAAAUCAAAAAAUGCAAGUUCAACUGUGGAAAUUCAAACACACUUUGAUGAAAUUCAAAAACUCAAUAAUAAUAUAACAGCUAUCAAAUAUCGUAUGACAAAAAUAUCCAAUGAUUACAAAGAAAAAUAUGAUCAUUUAAAAGAAGAACGAGAUAGACUAGUUGAACGUUUCAAAGUUUUAAAGCUUAAAAUGAAGAAAUUACAAGAUUUACAAUAUGAAAAAUUAAUUAAAAUGUCAGUUGAAAGUGGAGAAGCUACAAAAAAGAUUCAGUGUUUACUGAAGAAAGCGGAGAAGAUUAUUAAGCUAGGUGAAGAAUGCAGAAAGUAUGAGACAGAAGAGGAAAAACUAACACCUUUCUAUUCAUCAUGUGCACCAGCUGAAGAAGAAGAAAGUGUUGUGCAAGAAUCAUUUAAAGAGGAUCAGAUCGGAGAAAUAACAAAGAUUUUUCAGUCAGUCAAACGAUGUUUACCAAUCGAAAUGUUUUGGAAAAGAUUUAAUAAAGUUCAAUUAGAACGUUUAGCAAUCACCAAAGAAUACAAUAUGUUAGAAGAAGAAAAUAUUCAAUUAAAAUUAUUAUUAAAACAAUAUUUAGAUGGUAUAACAAUUAAUAGUGAAAUUAUUUCAAGUGAUAAUUCAAUCAUCAUUAUUAAUGGACGAUCAAAUUUAAAUAAUCGAUACACAAAUGAAAUUGACACCUACUGAGAUGAGAUAAUCAUAUGGUGUACUCUUAUCACCUGCUGCAGUUGAUUAUCAUUGAAUUUGUACAAAAAAGAUUUUCUACGUUAGGAACAAUAUAUAAAAUGCAAUUUCUUUUUUAAAAAAAAACAAACCUUUUUUUUCUCUAUUUAACCUGUAAACUGCUUAUUUUAAUUUAUUUUAUGACUGACCGAAUCAAGUGAAUGAAAUUGAUUGAUAUAUAAAUAAAUAAAUUUUUCAUUAGAAGAAUUGUUAUUGCUUUACUUCUUGAAAAUUUA